AUGGACUCGCUGGGCCCGCUGCGCGCGCGAGCGGCACAGCUGACGGCGGCCGCACAGCGCGAGAAGGCGGCUGCGGUGCAGACAUAUGAGACGAGCGCUCGGCCGGCUCUCAAGGAGCAUGCGGCGUCGCUCAAGGAGAGCCUGGGCAUCCUGAUGAGGGAGGAGGCGGCGCUGCAGGAGCGCGUGGACGCGCUGGCCAGCCGCGCCGUGGCAGGCGCCGACCCCUCUGUCCGCACCGGCUUCAACGUCAUCCGCGCCCGCACCGGCGCCGACGGCCAGAGCCUGCCCACCGAGGAACUGCGAGCGGAGCGGCAGCGCCUGGUGGACACGCUGGAUGUGCUGGGGCAGCAGGUGGAGCAGGCCAAGGUGGAGAUCACGCGGCACGCGGGGCGCGGGCGGCACCAGGAGCAGGAGAUCUGGGAGACGCAGCUGGUGGCGCUGCAGGACACCAAGCGCGUGUACCGCGACGAGAUCAACCUGAUUGAGGUGGAGCUUCUGGGGCGGCAGCACGCGGAGCGCGUGGCAGCGGAGCGUGCGGCGGCAGAGGCGUCUGGCGCGGCGCAGCUGCAGCGACUGCAGGAGCAGCUGCUGCAGACGCGGGUGAAGUACAACCGGGCAAAGUACCAGUACUACUACCCAGGAGUGAAGGGCUACACCAUCAACUUUGGCGGCGGCGGCAUCUUUGGUGCCUGCAAGAACAUAGACAUCUCCGAGAUCAACGGCUUUGUGACGCUGCGGGGGGAGCCGGGGGGGAUGGCACCCGAUGGCACCGUCACACGGCCGGCACGGCUGAUCAUGCAGUUUGAGGGGCCGCAGGCACACAGGCCACAGGCGCAAGGAGCGGCGCUACGGGCGCAGCUCAGUCGCAAAUCGUCACAUCUCGCCACCAGCAGCAGCUUCCGCACAGGAGGCAGCGCAGCAGCAGCAGCAUCCACGCCGCCGUCGCCGUCGCCGCUGCGCCCGGCUCCCAGCGGCUCAGCUAGCAAGCAGCAGGAGGACGGCAGCCUGCCAACAUCGCGUAGUGCAGCCAGCGGUGGCAGCAGCCGGCCGCCCAUGCUGCCGCCGCAGCGACCAGCGGCAGUGCUGCCGCCAAAGCCGCCACUGCAGGACCGCGUCGGCACCCUACGUGGCGGCGCUGGCUCCCUAGAGACCCGCUCCAUCCCAGACUCGGCAGUUUCCAUGGACUCUGCCGGCAGCGCCGAGCUCCUGGAACAGGCAGCAGCUGCCGCCAACUCGCGCAGCCAGUCACGCAGCCAGCUGGGUGCAGCCACCCAGGAGCAGCAUCAGGUGCCGUCUCCCGGGAAAGAGCAGAAGGGCAAGAAUGCUGCCUUGCGGUUUCUCAGCCGGCUAGGCAAGAAGAAAGACAAGUAUCAGUCCAAGGAACGCGGCGGCCUCCUGCAGCCCGCUGCCAGCCAGGACAUUGAGGCUGCGGCAGGCAAGGAGGGGAAGCGCACGCUGGCAGGCAAGCUGAUGAACCGCAGCAAGGCGCGGCUUGGGAGCGGCGACGUCGGCAGCAGCAUCAGCAGCCUUGAACGCCUGGCGUUUGGCAGUCACCAGCUAUCCCAGGAUACUGAACACCCAAGACCACGUCAGGAGGCGAUCGACGAGGAGGAGGCCUCCCUGCACUCUGACAGCGUGGUAGGGGAGGAUGACGCCUUUGAGGCGGGGCAGCAGCAGGAUGGCAGCAGCGCGCACCACCCUGUCGAGGUGCACGAUGAGGGGGAUGGGUCUCUGGCAUCGGAUGACGACAGCGAUGAUGAGGUUCAGGCGGAUGGCAAAGGCCCGAACUCGCCACUCACUCACGAUGUGCUGCGGCAGGCUUACCAGAGCCAACAGCAACCGCCACAGAACGGCGUGCAUGCGGUCGGCAGCAUGGGCUCGCUACCUGGCGACAUCCCCACCAGGAGCACCAGCAGCCGUGGCGGCAACAGCUGGUUGCGGGGCCACAACGGCAGCAUGGGUGGCGCCGGCGAUGGCGGCAGCGCACUGGAUGAAACCUCGAGCGUGAUAUCGCUGUGCGACAUGGGUGCUGAGAUGGCGGAGGGGCUGCCAGCUGGGUCCACCAAGCAGGGCGUGUUUGUGACGGGGCGUGUGAACGACUUUGAGCUGACUGGGGAGCGUGGCACCAAGUGCCCAAACCUGAGCAUUGGGCAGGGCGACGUGAAAGCAGACGUGUUUGUGCGCUUUGUCUUCCAGUAUGAUAAGAAGAGCAAUGGGUGGCGGCAGGCGGAGAAGCCCCUGUUUGAUGUGCAGCACCUGGCAACCAAGCUCAAGGGCAACAACGUGCCCAUGCCCAGCACCCUUGUGAAGCACCUGCUGCGCGUCUUCAUCCCGGAAAUCAUUCAGCGCCGCAUCCUGCCGCUGUUCCCCAAGGAGUUUGGGGAGUACAUGCUGACAGCCCAGCGCGGCUUUGACGCGACGGCAGAUGUGGCGGUGGUGGGGCCGGGGCUCAAGGUGCUGGAUGCGGACCUGGCAUUUGAGGUUCGCGGUCCCGCCCGAAGCUCCAAGGAGGCGCGCAAGCAGCAGCAGAAGUAUGCGGCAGCCAAGGAGGCGAGGAGCAUGUUGGGGCUGAGCCUUCCGCAGGCGCAGGUGCUGGCAGAGCUGUUUGGCGGGCGCGGCGCGCUGCUGGACCCGCCGCGCCCCGCCACCAUCAAGAACCUGAUUGCCUUCCAGGCCUUUUGGGACCGUCACCCGCAGCUGUUUGACGAUAUCUGCCAGGUUUGGAACACAGCGUAUCAGGUGGUGGCACAUCGACUGCGCGGCAACAGCGGCGAGUUUAACUUUCGAGCAUUCAUGGACGGAGCAGUGACACGGGUGCGGCGCAAGCCCGCGCGCGCCAGGGUGAUCAUGCGCAACCUGGAUGUGGGGGUGAAUGCGGAUGGCGUGAUCAACAUGAUCCACGACUACACACAGCGCACGCUUGAGGAGCUGUUCAUCAAGGGGCCCAUUGCCAACACACGCGACAACCCAGAGUACCACGUGGAGAGCCUGGAUGAGCAGCGCGAGGUGCUCAACGCCUGGCACUCGUGGAUGCUGCGCGAGCUGGAUCUGUUCAAGUCCAAGUUCCGCGGGGCAGCCGCCACGCUGCUGGGCGCGGGCGAUGUGCGCGGCUUCUCACUGGGCUUUGAGAAUGCGUUUUACGAGGGGCCGCUGCGGGUGCGGCUGCCAGUGGCGAUGCAGCUGGAUCCGGAUGGCGCCUUCUCCUUUGAGCUGCCGCUGCCCAGCCCCGAGGGCAACCUCAGCGUGUUUGUGGAUGGGUUCAAGAGCCUGGUCAUCCCCUCACACCUGCGCCCGCCAGCCCAGGCCAUCAACUGGAUCCCGCUCACCGGGGAUUCGGCGAUCGAUCAGGCCAUGCGGAGGCAGGUGUCUGGUGCGCUGGAAGCCAUCCGCGGCGUUCUGGUGGAGCUUGCGGAGCGCAUUGCCGAGCAGGGCCUGGAGGCAGAGGAUGCAGAGCCUGACAAGGUGCUGUCCUGCCCUCGCACCAAGGUGGGCGACCGCCUCGGCCGCGUCAUCGUCAACCGGCUCAAGGUGCGGGUGCGGCUGGAUGAGCGGCGCAUUGGCGAGAUCCUGCACGGAAUCGACUCUGCCUCCAUGGGGCCCGCCUUUGUGAGCACGGCAGGGCGGCUGCUGGGCCACCUGGGCGACGUAAUGACCCUGGGCUUCACGCCCAUGGCGCCGACGGAUCCCGCGGCGGCAGACCAGCCUCCCACCCAGUAUCUGCUGCAGUUUGAGAGCAGCGACAUCAGCCGGCUGCGUGCUGACGUGCAGAGCCUGGGCUUUGUCAGCCUGGUCACGCCGGGCGGCAUGGUGCGGCUGGCGCACGCCGUGGUCAAGAACUUCCUGCUGGCCUUCAAGGGGAUGACGCCCGAGGCGCUGGAGCCUUUGGAGGAGCGCUUUCGCACCUGGUAUGCCAACAUGAGCCGCGCCGGCCUGGACAUCAGCAUGUGCGUGGACGCCAAGGCAGGGCUGACAGAGGGGACCGGGCAGUGUGUGGUGCGGCUGAGCGGCGCGGCGGAUGAUGAGGCGCUGCGCGAGACCUCACCCCUCAUCCUCGUCAAUGACCUGGAUCUUGUGCCGCUGGGCAAGGCCAUGCGGGGCGACCCCCCAGCGUCCCAGCAGCAGCAGCAACAACAGCACAUCAUCUACCCCGUGGUGCGAUAAUAACUAGUCAUCACCCCCUCCCACCCAACGGUUUUGGCUCUUCCUUUGAUGCUGUUUACUGCUCUUUUACCACAGUUUCUGCUGUUUCUGUUGAUUUGCAUUGUUUCAAUCAUCAAUACACAAUACAAAAGACACGGCGGGAUGUGUAUACAACACAUAC